GUCAUCGAGUGAGGUUGUGUCUUGUGAUGUUCCGCUCCCGUUGUGGCCGGUGAUCGCGCCGUCGGUGUUUUGCGGACAAGUGUUACGAAAGUGAGUGCAAAUGAGUCUGUACGACAAUAUGAUCAGUUCCAAUGGGAACCAGUACCUUAGACCGGAAUACCUUUCUCCUCUUCCUACUACGUUGGAUGCCAAGAAGAGCCCGCUGGCGUUGUUGGCGCAGACCUGUAGCCAGAUCGGCGCUGACUCUCCGGGGACCAAGUCUCUCCUAGCACCCUUGGACAAGUUGUCCAAGAAAUCCGAGACUCCCAGAGAGAAGUCGUCCCCGUCGUCGGUGAGUAGCUCGCCCAUCAACGUCAAGUCGAGCUUCAAACCCUACGACUCCACCGUCAAAGACCUGUCUCUUCCUGAAGACAAGAGUAGAGUCAAGACACCCAUCAAAGCUUCCACGCCGGCUCAGAACGGAAGAUGUAGCAGUAACCAAAGUGCGUCUUCUCCCAGAGAGUCGCCGUCGAAUCGCAAAACCCCAGCGAUGCAGGAACUACCGGCGACAUCCAAGUCAGAAUCUAGUCACAGAAACUCUCCCCCGGUCAAGACGUCGGAGUCGGGAGCGUUCAAGUCAUCGUCGAUACCCCCCAUCACGUCUUCGGCGUUCCUACCAGGGUAUCCCGGGUCUCUGCCACUGGACGUCAUGGCCUCUAGUUUCCUCAACCACCCGCUCAAGGCGGGGCUUAACCCGUACCUGAGCUACGCGAGGAUGAAGACCGCCUCCGGAGCAGACACGCUGGUCCCGGUGUGUAGAGACCCCUACUGCACGGGCUGUCAGCUGAGCAGUCACCUGCUAUCUCCCGGUGGUUCGGGAAAGUGUCCCGCUGGGUGUGUCCAAUGCGAGAAGACUCCCCCAGGGUUCCUUCCUCCGGGACAUCACAGCUCAGCGGUCGCCGCGGCCUACGCCCACGCCCAGCUGGCCGCACUCGCCGCCGCCUCUCAACUGCCCUACGUCUGCUCCUGGAUAGGCGGAGACGCAGCGUACUGCGGCAAACGAUUCUCCAACUCUGAGGAACUCCUGCAGCACCUGCGGACGCACACCUCGGACUCGCUCCUCGCACCUUCACCGUCCAGUCACCACCUCCUGAACCGAUCGUACCCCACACCUCCCCUCAGCCCCCUCGCCACCGCCAGGUACCAUCCCUACGGCAAACCUCCUCUCCUGCCUCCGUCACUCUCCUCCGCCUUCCCUCUACCACCACAUCCCGGCCUUCCUCCCUACUUCUCGCCAUACUCCCUGUACGGCCCUCGCCUAGGAGCGUCCCAUCCCUAGACGGGGAUUCCUCUGUGAUUCUAGUGAUAGUGAUGUGAUCGCGCUUUGCGUUAUUGUAUAUCGGACGAUAUCCGAUUCUUGUAGGUGACUCGAAUCGUCGCCUAAAACUCUAUUUUUGUGUGUAAAUAUAAAACGCUCAUUCUUUAUAAACAGUUUAGUGUUAAAAAUGAAUUUUCCGUGUGGUUUCUUGGUGUCGGUCUUUUAUUUCGGUUUUUAUUUUCUGGUUCCUCACUUUUUCUUCAUUUGAUUUGACAGCUUAAAAACUUUGCACGGUUUUGUUUAAGUAAUUGCAUUUUCAUUGUUAUUUCACAUUUCAUAUCUUGUGUAAAAUAUUAAAAUUGUAUAUUUGUCAAUAUUUUUGAAUGUUUGUAAGUCUAAUUUAUACGACUAUAGCCAAAGGUCUGUUAUAUAUGUCUAUUAGUUUAUUGUGUAUUACUAUUAGGGUUAUAAAUUGUUUAAUGUUACCGCGGCUGUACAGUUCUGGAAUAUUUUCUUCUUUCAGUAACUAUCAGAAGUCUUCACUUGUUGAUGUUUUCUUUUCGGACAAGUCAGUCACAUUGUAUUUGUUAAUUGUUUUAUUAAUAGUAUUUCAACGAUAAUUUAUUGAAAUAAAUAUUACUGUGUGA